AUGAACCCUACAGUACUUCCACAGACGUUCGUCGCCAUCAGUACCACAGACCAGGAUACUACGACCCGCGGUCCUGGCCGCGUGACAGUCACCAAUCGACUCCGAACGGCAAAACGAGCAGGACUAUGGACCACUCCCAUCUUUGGGGAUUACAUGAGCCUCCGUACGCUAAUGGCGGAUGCGGCUGGUCCCGAAAUAAUUGACAAUGCAGUUCAGGAAACCAGUCAAAAUCUACGAAAUGCAGAAGAUAUACUAGUACGGGAGGGUAUGACCGUCGAAGUAGACCCAGAACUUCGUAAAGGCCAAUUGCUUGGACUUGUACGUGAUACAACAAUGUGA